AUGGAAGAUGUGCGGAAGGCGAUAGACCACGGGAGGUCACAAGGUGGUUCUGAUGGUCGCCACUGGAUUCUUGAUCAAUCGAUGGUACUAAAGGGAGAGCAUUACGCAGUGGCAUUGUCCUUGCUUGUGGAAGGAAAACUUGUGCUCGGUGUCAUGGCUUGCCCGAAUCUUGCGAAUAACAAAUCUUCUUCAGAUAAAACUGGCUGCCUUUUCUUUGCUACAGCGGGAAAAGGAGCUUACGUUCAAUCGCUUGACGGCGACUCUCAUUCUCCAGAGAAGGUGCAAGUGAGUAACAUAGAAAAUCCUGAAGAAGCAACCUUUGUCGAAUCAUCCCAGCAACCAAUUCCCAUCCAUAGCUCCAUUGCCAAUAACAUCUUUUGCUUAUAUUUAAAACUUGGGAUCAAAGCAUUACCUCUAAGAAUCCAUAGUCAAGUGAAGUACGCGGCUCUAGCUCGAGGAGACGCAGAGAUUUACUUGCGUUUCACUCUCCCGGGGUACCGUGAGUCCAUAUGGAACCAUGCUGCUGGUGCAAUCAUCACCACAGAAGCUGGAGGCGUAGUUUGCGAUGCUGAUGGGAAUCCCCCGGACUUCUCGAGAGGGGAGCAUCUUUAUCUCAAAAGAGGGAUCGUGGUUAGCACCAAGAAGCUCAUGCCACGGCUCUUGGAGGCCAUCAAAGAAUCCAUGAAAGAGGAGAUGCACAUCUCUGAGACACAACUGACACUGUAA